ACUUGCUUUGAGUAAAUCAUGGGGAAUGUAAGCCCAUGAAACCCGCUCCAAGAGUGACAGAUUCUUUUAAGUAAAUUAAUAUGCAUAUGUGUCACUAAACACUCAGCAUUCAGCAACGUUACACAGAGGCAGGCCGGCAGCCCCAUUCCACUCACUUUUUCACUAAUCGUCACUUGAGAUGAGAAGCUCUGCAUCUCGCAUGGCCAUCGCUGGGACGGCGGCAAGGAAGCUCCUGCAUGGAGGCGCCGCCGACGUGGGCGGCAUCAGCUUCGGCUUGUGGGAGCUGGUCACGGGCUUCUUCGCCGACAUCCUCGCCUACCUCUUCGCCGCUGUCGCGGGCGUCGCCCACCUGCUCGUCCUGCCGCUGGAGUUGCUCUGGCAGUGGCUUGUCGCCGCCGCUGCCGCCGCCGCGGGCGCCAUCAGCUCAGGCCUCGACGGCCUGUGGCAACACGUCACGGGCUUCUUCGCUGGGAUCUGCGCCGCCCUGGCGAGCGCGCCCCACAUGCUCGUCCUCCCGCUAGAGAAGCUCUGGCGGUGGCUCGCCACCACGGCCGCCGACGCCGCGGGCGCCAUUGACGGCCUGUGGCAGCUCACCGCAGGACUCUUCCCCGGAAUCUUCGCCCAUCUCCUCUCCGCUGUGGCGAGCGUGGCCCACGAGCUCCCAAAGAAGCUAGAGGAGCUCCUGCGGUGGCUCCAGGCCGCCGCCGCCGCCGUCGCGCUCCCGUUCGUGCUCGCCGUCGCCGCGGUCCUCCUGGUCCUGGCGCUAAUCUGGUUCUGCGGGCCGACCCUGUGCAAAGUCACCGUGGGUGUCUGCAAGGCGCUCGUGUCGGCGGUCUGCUACUUCGGACACGGCCUGUACCACGUCGCCCUCGCCGUUCACCAGGUGCUCGCCUGUUGCCUGCCGCCGUGCGUCCUUUGCCUCAAGGACUGCGCCGUCGUGGUCACCAUGAAGGCCCCGGGCGCCGCCGGCACGCUGAUAUCCCGCGCGGCGUUCGAGUCGGCCCCUGCGCUCUACUUCCAGAUCCUCCGCGCCGCUGGCCCCGUCGUGGCCGCCGCCGUCUUCUGCGCGAAGACCGUCGCCGUGAUUGUAGCGCCUCCGGUCGCCGCUCUUUUCCGCGUCUAGUCAUGCAUGCAAAAGCAGAGCUGUGGAAUCGAGUACGAGUAUGUAUAUCGAGCACGUUUGACUUGUCCAAAUUUGGGUGUGCUGUUGCGUCUGUGACCAUCAUUAAGCACCUUUAAUAAAAUCCGAGCAUUUUUUUGCUCUGCCAAUUCACUAA